AUGGCAAUCUUCACCUCAGUUGAGCUCGAAGUGGCUACGCAACAGCCUUCACGGUUGAAGCCCGCACAGACCAAAGAGCACCUGCGACAAGCACCACCAUAUCAUCGGGCAGUUCUAUGUUUUAUCUUUCGAGACGCCAAUAUAGAACAAGCAUUGCCGAAGAGUACAAAGCCAAAUAGCGCCCAGGUUCGGAAAAGCGAUAGGGUUCCACUGCCAUGUGGCCCUCUGGAACCCCUGCUGGGGGUAAUCGAAAACAAUAAUGCGAGUCCCGUGGACACCGCUUGGAAAACGAUCAAAAGACAGACAACCAUACCACCAUCCUCACUGUCAGUCCUUCGAUAUGGGAAAAGCUUUCUUUCAGAGACAUCAUCUAUCGGCCAGAGAUGCCUCUUUUACCCGUUCGCAUUCCAUCUCAAUACCUUGUCAGGCCUCAGUCCCGAGGUAGAUAAUUUACGUCUUGAUCGAAGUAUCUGUGGAUGGAAUAACCACGAGCCGAAUGCGUAUGACUUGGUGGGCAGUCAUUACUUCGGACAGGGCUUGCGGAAGGUUUGGUUCGAGAUCGACCUUGGCCCAACACCGGGAAAGAUGUUGGCGAGUGGUUUGAAACAGCUUCAACACGAUCAUGAAAGCGGUGCACGAAAAUUAGCUGCUGUUUCUGUGAACAUCCUUCAAGCGGUCUUGGCCCACCUUGACGACCCCAUCAUUCUCAGUGGCCCAUGGUGGCAGAAAGCCAGGAUGACGGCCUGGCAUCUCUGGAAAAAUGGGCGUCAGAGUAUGGACGCGGCCAUUCUCAGCUUUCUAUUGAUGACACUGACCGAGAUUGAGACGCUUUUAUUGACUGUAGGCCCUGAGGAAGCCUGCGAUAAGCUGCAGGUCUCCGAACUCUUCGACCGGAUUCAGAAAAAGAUACGCUCAUAUAAGCUUCGCCUUAGCUACAACUUCGGAUCAUACGCCAUGUCUAAGAUUAGCCGAACUGGUUGUGUACCUAAGCACUUGACAAUUAUGACACUCUCUGCGAGUUGUACCAUUCGUGAAUGCAUUACACAGCUAGUACGGAUCUCCGGUGCUCAAUCAAUCGAAAUCCGCGUUUUGGAAUCACGACCUUUAUUUGAAGGCGUUUCAUUAGCAUCUUCAAUUCUAGAACAUCUUGAGAAUGAACCGAACAGUCCCAAAGUCAAUAUAUCUAUUUUCACCGACGCUUCGGUCGCCCUGGCAGCUCAAAAUGUCGAUUUCCUUCUGCUUGCAGCAGAUCGUAUUGCAGCUGACGGGUCCGUUAGUAAUAAAACCGGAUCUCUGCCGGCAGCUCUAAGCGUGCGGCAUGUCUCGCCCUCGGCAGACAUUAUCGUUGUGAGUGAAAUCGAUAAAGUCGCUAUGCAAAGCUGUGAUACAGAAGCACAUACCAUGGAAAACAAUGAGUCCUCGGAGGUUGUGGAUGCCUGGCAGCAGAGUGAGACCGUAAAAGGACUCGGGGUCAUUGAGCAGAAAAUUCAAAGGAAGGGUCGACAAGUCACAGUCAACGUACCGAAUGUUUACUUCGAAUGGGUCCCUCCAACAUUGAUAGACGCCUAUAUCUGUGAAGAUGGUGUCAAACUCCCACCUGAUUUUCGAAAACGAUCACAGUGGAUAAAAGACCAAUGCGAGAGAUACUUUGACAAUAACUUGUGA